UACAUGUAGAUUUUUUUUUCCACAUUUUUUUUCACAUCCGACAUCCCCCCCCCCCCUUUCCCCCUGCACAUUGGAAAUCCACAGCAGAAAUGGCAUUUGUAUGUAUAGGGAUGGAUAGGAAGGACCUGCUGCAUUUAGGAUGAACAGUUCUUCCUCCCAGAUGUGUUCUCCACAGGUAAUAGAGCAGAGAAGCGGGGAUUUGCUACUAUAAGGGUGUUGCAUGGCUCCUGCAUUACGAUAAGUCUUAGGAUGAUGCAGAAGGUAUACCUGCAGUUCUAUGUGACACCACAGAUAAGAAAAAUGUAGAAAAUGAAUCAAAGGCUCUUGGCUCUGUGAAGCAGGGAGGUCGCCCUCUCUGAUCCAGUCUGCACCCUUCCAGUCACUCCACCUCACAAUGUCAAAGAAGGGUGCCAGCAGCAGAGUUAAGGGCGAGAGACCGGAUACACUAGCUUCCUUACAGGCUGCAAAUGAAGACCUGAGGGCUAAACUCACUGAUAUUCAAAUAGAACUCCAGCAGGAAAAGAAUAAGGUGAGUAAACUUGAACGAGAGAAAAAUCAAGAAAUUCGCCAAAUUCGAGAACACGAACAGCAUAAAAAUAUUGUUCUGGUAACAGAGCUGAAGGCCAAACUGCAUGAGGAGAAAAUGAAGGAGCUUCAAGCGGUCCGGGAGGCGCUAUUGAGGCAGCAUGAGUCUGAAAUCAUCCGGGUCAUAAAAAUUAAAGAUGGCGAGAAUCAGAGGCUGCAGGCCGUGUUGAACACUCUGAGAGACGCUGCCCCGGACAAAGUCAAGACUGUCCUUUACAACGAGGCCAAGGAAGAUGCCAAAAAAAGUUUCGAGUUUGAAAAAAUCAAAAUGCAACAAGAGAUUUUUGAGCUUAAAGGUGCCAAAAAACAAGCGGAGGAGGCAUUGACUGUGGUUAUUCAAGCUGAUAAGAUGAAGGCUGCCGAAAUUCGGAGCGUGCAUCAUUUACAUCAAGAAGAGAUCGCCAAAAUCAAAAAGGAAUGCGAGAGGGAAAUCCGGAGAUUGAUGGAAGAAAUUAAAUUUAAAGACAGAUCAGUCUACAUGUUGGAAAAAGAGUUAGGUGUUCAAUCCGGGCAUGCUCAAAGACUGCAACUCCAAAAGGAGGCUUUAGAUGAACAACUUGUCCAGUUCAAAGAGUCUGACCGCCACCUAAGUAGCCCAAAGAGAGAAUUCCCUUUUGCAAGUGGUGCAGGAGAAGCUUCUGAUCAUUCUGGAAGCCCUGAACAGCAGUUGGAUGAAAAGGAUGCACGUCGCUUUCAACUAAAAAUAGCAGAAUUAAGUGCGAUUAUUCGUAAACUAGAAGACCGCAAUGCUUUGCUUUCGGAAGAAAGGAAUGAACUGCUAAAGCGCCUCAGAGAAGCCGAAAGUCAAUAUAAACCUAUUCUAGACAAAAACAAACGCCUUAGCCGGAAAAAUGAAGAACUGUCCCAUUCACUGCGACGCAUGGAAAACAAAUUAAAGUUCCUAACACAAGAAAACAUAGAAAUGAGACAAAAGGUUGGCACAAUAAGAAGACCGAGCUCUUUGAAUGAUCUUGACCAAAGUCGAGAGGAAAGAGAAAUUGACUUUCUAAGGCUACAAAUUAAUGAACAACAAAUAAUAAUUGAUGAACUAUCUAAGACACUGGAAACUGCAGGAUAUGUGAAGAGUGUCAUUGACCGAGAAAAGCUUUUAAGAUUUAGGAAGCAGCGGAAAAAAAUGACUAAACUCCCUAAGCCAGUGGUGGAAACAUUUUAUGGCUAUGAUGAAGAAGCAUCUCUGGAUUCUGAUGGCUCCUCAAUCUCCUACCAAACAGAUCGAACAGACCGCACACCGUGCACUCCGGACGAGGAUGUGGAAGAGGGUAUGGCUAAAGAAGAGACAGAGCUUAGAUUCCGUCAGUUGACCAUGGAAUACCAGGCCCUGCAGCGGGCAUAUGCUUUGUUACAGGAACAAGUAGGUGGGACCCUUGAUGCAGAACGGGAAGUCAAGACUCGAGAGCAGCUACAAGCAGAUAUCCAUCGCUGUCAAACAAGAAUAGAAGAUCUGGAAAAAGCAGUGGUGGAACAGGGUCAGGACCUGAAGUGGAUAGAGGAGAAGCAGGCGCUUUACAGACGAAACCAGGAACUCGUUGACAAAAUCAAACAAAUGGAGGCGGAGGAAGCCAAGCUCAGAAAUAAUGUCCAAGAUGCAAAGGACCAAAAUGAACUCCUAGAAUUUAGGAUUCUAGAACUGGAAGAGAGAGAAAGGAGGUCACCUAACAUUAAUUUUCACUUCAUUCCCUUUCCGGAAGGGAAGAGCCCCCUACAGGUCUAUUGUGAAGCUGAAGGGGUGACGGACAUCAUUGUUUCCGAGCUGAUGAAGAAGCUGGACAUUCUAGGGGAUAACGCCGUAAGUAAUCUGACCAACGAAGAGCAGGUGGUUGUAAUUCAAGCUAGAACAGUUCUAAACUUGGCUGAAAAGUGGCUACAGCAAAUAGAGGUGACGGAGACUGCUCUACAGCAGAAGAUGGUGGAUCUCGAGAACGAGAAAGAGCUGUUUACAAGACAGAAGGGAUAUUUAGAUGAAGAACUUGAUUUCAGGAAAAAAUCUAUGGAUCAGGCACACAAGCACAUCUUGGAGCUGGAGGCCAUGUUGUACGAUGCCUUGCAGCAAGAGGCCGGAGCCAAGAUGUCUCACAUUUUGUCAGAGGAAGAACAGGAUAAGCUGAAGUGCGCCGUGGAACAAUGGAAGCGGCAGGUCAUGAGCGAGCUUCGGGAAAGAGACGCACAAAUCCUGCGGGAGCGGAUGGAGAUCAUUCAGCAUGCACAACAGAGAAUAAAGGAGCUGGAGGAGAGAUUAGAAUUUCAGAAGAGACAAAUAAAGGAAUUAGAAGAAAAGUUUUUAUUUUUGUUUUUAUUUUUCUCUUUAGCUUUUAUAUUAUGGUCUUAGGUCUUACACUCUUUGUACAAGCCUGCCUCAGUAUAACUGGAUGGACCAGACAGCCAAUGAAGCUAAUGAACUGAACGCUUUAUAACAAGGACACAAUGCAUUUUAUUGUCUCCAUCUGCAGUGGUGCUCUGCUGGCUUUUACAGCAGUUUGUGUGUUACGUACAAUAAGACGCAACAAAAGCUUUGCCUGGAAAAGGGUCAAGUGAUUCAGGACAAAUGGACUUACUAAGGUUCCCUGCUAAGCAGGUAUUAAAUUGCUUCUAUAAAGAAGUACACCGUCUUUUCCACCCAUUGUCCUUCAUCUGCAUCAGUGAAGAGGAUACAAAGACAUGGACCUCACAAGAUGUCAUUCUGCCCUAUGGUCGGUGCUUCUGAAGGUGAAGCUCUGGUUGUGGAAUCUAUAAAGCAUCCUGGACCCAUAGAUCUUGACCUGCGCAAUCUAGCAACAAUGUAAAACAUACCUAUACUUUAUAACAGAGGAAUAUAUAAUCUGACACAUUUUAUCAAAAAGAAAAGCACAAACAUCCUACUUCUGACCUGUCCACUAUAAUACAAGGUGAAGAAUCUUAUUUUACUGUCAAUACAUUGCUACUGCAUAGGGAGGCAUUGUCACAGUGAGCCUAAUGUAUCUCCUACCAAGCUGUAAAGCAAGAAACGCUAAAGACGUCCACCAAGAAAGAUGAAUAUUACUUCAAAGGGAAUAAAAAAAAAAUGUUUUUUUAAGGGAACACCAAAAAUCUGUGUUACCCCAGUAAACCACCAUUGGGAGGAUGAAGCAGAAAACAGUGUUUCAAAGCAUCGGAUGCCAAAUCUGACGAAUAAAAUGUCAUUUUAUUUCCUAUUUCAAAGUAUUUCACCCUCCAUUUAAAGAAAGUUAUAUUACAGAUGAUGUAACAAGAGGAUGAUGUAGCAGAGCUGAGUAUGUAGAAGGUGAGCGAGA